AUGGACCAAGAUAGGGAGAAAGCAGAGGAGGGGCGACCAGAAGAGAGCCAUUCGGAGGAGAGCCAUCCGGAAGAUAACCACCCAGGGGAGGACCCCCCGACGGAAGAUAACCAACCUGGGGAGGACCCCCCAACGGACGAGCGCUUCCAAUUCGACGACAACAUCUGGAAGCGCGUCAGGAGGGAGGAAUCCAAGAAGGGCAUCGUCUACCUGGCGGACGUACCGAUCGGGCUGAAUGCAGCCCGCCUGCGAGAAAUUUUCAGCCAAUACGGGUCUGUUGGGAAAAUUCACUUAAACAGAGCGAAGGAUGGAGCGGACAUGGAGAGGGGGGAAGAGAAAAAAAAAAAAAAAAAAAAAAAAAAAAUCGUCAAGUACCAAGAUGGGUACAUAGAAUUUAUAAACAAAAGGGACGCCAAGAAAGCUGUGCGUACGUUGAACAACCAAUUGAUUGGAGGGAAGAAGAGGAAGAACAUGGUGAGGGAUUCUUUUUGGCACUUAAAACUUAUUAAAGAUAAUUUCCUUUGGAGUGACAUCAUGUCGUCGGCCCUCUACCGACGGAUGUCUAGGAAGGACAGGUUGACCCUCGCGUUGAAGGACAUGUACAAGGGGUAUGAGGCCUACGUGGAAAGGAAGGGAGGCUCCGCUCACAGGAAGGUUCAAAAGGGGGGAGGUACCCAAAAGGGGGGAAGCAUCCAAAAAGGAGACCCACCACAGAACAGGAAAAAGGGCCCUCGAGUGAAGAGGCCAGUUUGCCCGCUCCGCUUCGUUACGGUGAAGAAGGGGGAGAGCGGCGCGGUGGUAAAAGAAGCGACAGAAGGGGUGGCAGAAAAAGCGGCAGAAGAGGUCCCCCUCGCAGCUUCCCGCGAAGGACCUCCCCCCCUGCGACGCAACGGCAGCGCCGUUUCCGCGAACCUGCUGAAGCUGCUCAUGUAG